AUGUCGCAACAAGCUAAUAAUUUUGUGAGAUUGAUCACUAAGGUGGCCAUCCCUGUGGGUAUUGCAGUGUCUGGGUUGCAGUACUCUAUGUAUGAUGUGCAAGGUGGUUCUCGUGGUGUUAUCUUUGACAGGCUACAAGGUGUAAAGUCUGACGUCGUUGGCGAAGGCACUCACUUCCUGGUUCCGUGGCUGCAGAAGGCGAUCAUAUAUGAUGUGAGGACGAAGCCCAAGAGCAUUGCCACCAACACUGGUACCAAGGACUUGCAGAUGGUGUCCCUGACCCUGAGGGUGUUGCACAGGCCGGAUGUGAUGCAAUUGCCGCUUAUAUACCAGAACCUAGGUCUGGACUACGACGAGAGGGUUCUGCCCUCCAUCGGUAACGAGGUUCUGAAGUCGAUCGUGGCCCAGUUUGAUGCAGCUGAGCUGAUCACCCAGAGAGAGAUUGUGUCGCAGAAGAUCAGGCAGGAGCUGUCCAACAGAGCCAACGAGUUCGGCAUCCGUCUGGAGGACGUCUCCAUAACGCACAUGACGUUUGGUCCCGAGUUCACGAAGGCCGUUGAGCAGAAGCAGAUUGCGCAGCAGGACGCUGAGCGUGCCAGGUUCCUGGUGGAGAAGGCCGAGCAAGAGAGGCAGGCGAGUGUUAUCCGUGCUGAGGGUGAAGCUGAGAGUGCCGAGUACAUCUCCAAGGCCUUGAGCAAAGUUGGUGACGGUCUGUUGCUGAUCAGACGGUUGGAAGCGUCCAAGGAGAUUGCGCAGACGUUGGCCAACUCUAACAACAUUACCUACUUGCCUAGCAACCAUGCAGGCGGUGACAAGGACGACAAGGGGAGUCCCAACACGUUGCUGUUGAACCUCGGCAGGUCGUGA